UGUCUAGAAGAAGACACACAGGAACAGGGCUCAGUGCUGAACAUCAGAUUGGAAGAAAACUGGCCCUAGCACUGCUCCGCUGUGUGUCCUUGAGUGACUUUGUUCCACCUGUGCCUCUUUCCUUCCCGCAGAAGCUAAUGCAGUCUUGAUGGUAAUUUGAUGUCAGUGGAGACGACUUACGCAAACAGGGAGAUGUUGGAAGUGCCCCAAAUCCCAUUUCUGACAGCUUAGAGAACACAGGCCUCCCUGUAGCAGCAAAUUUCAGCCCUACCCAUUGCCACUCCCAGCAGAAACAAAAGAAAGCCAGCCCCAGUUCCAGCCUCAGCCUCAGCCUCAGUCUCGGCCACAAGGCAGCAUGCGUCCAGACAGCGUCUUGGUCCUCGCCGUGCUCUUCAUUUCCUCCACUCUGGUAGCCGGAGAUGGAGUCAAAGAGAAAGAAGGAGUUUGCCCACCGGACAAUGUGCGCUGCAUCAGGGGAGAGCCACCCCAGUGUCACAGAGACAGGAACUGUGAGGGUCCGAAGAAGUGCUGUUACUGGCACUGUGGCUUCAAAUGCGUGCAGCCAGUGAAGGCGACAGAGGACAAUGGAACCCUGGGGAGUGAGGUGUAAAACCUCCUAAGAAAGAACCUCAGAGAACUGCCUUGCCCUCCCACCACAUAAGGACACAGCAAGCAGUACAAAGACCAGAAACCAGUCCUUUCCAAACCUGGACUCUCCUGGCUCCCUGAAC